GCUCUGAACAGCUCCAGCAAGACAUCAAGGCCUUCUCACUCAGAGACUUUUGAAACGUCAACAUGAUGCUUUUCCUCUUUUUGUGUUUCCUCGCUCUUUGUGCUGCGGCUCCCUUGGAGGAGAAAAACAUGAAGCUCCAGCGUCGCGGUUGUCCACCGUUCUGGUUCAACUUCAAAGACCGCUGCUAUCGGUACGUCGCCGCAGACAAGACCUGGGCUGAUGCAGAACUCUACUGUGUGUCUCAGGGAGCCAACCUGGUGUCCAUCCACAGCAAGGAGGAACAUAACUUUGUCAACUGGUUGAUUAAGGGUUUGAAUCCUCAGCAGAACUAUACCUGGAUUGGACUCAGUGACGUUCAUAAGGAAGGAGCCUGGAUAUGGUCUGAUGGAGCCUGGAUGUGGUCUGAUGGAUCCAGGUUCGACUUUGCCGUUUGGGAUGUUGGACAGCCUGAUAAUUAUCAAGGAAUUGAACACUGUGGCCAUACCAACUUUGGCAAACUGUUCCAAUGGAAUGAUGCUAGGUGUUCUUUUCUCUGGCACUUUGUUUGUGCAUUUGACAUAAUUUCAUGA